AGUACCCACCGUGACACAGAGUUGUAAAGAUUGUAAGAAUUUGUCAACAAGGUACAACGGACGAAAUUGAUUGUGCAUAUCUAACAAUGGACCUUACACCAUUUGUUUAUCAGGAUACGGUAUAAGGAAAGCGUGUAACAGUGUUAUUGGAUAAGAUCAAAUCAUUUGAAAAAUGAGAGCAAUUCCUAAGUGGGUCGAGAAAAUACACGACCCUCACGAAAGAGGCGAUGUAGCAAGCAUACAUUCGAUAUGUUUCCAUCCGGAGGGCCUCCAACUAAUUGUCGGAGCCGGUGAUAAGGUGCUAGUUUACGAUCCGAACGAUGGGAACUUAAUUAGCUCGUUGAAAGGACACAAAGAUACCGUUCAUUGUGUAGCUUAUGCAAGGGAUGGUAAGAAAUUCGCUUCCGGUAGUGCCGAUAAGACGGUUAUCAUUUGGACCAAUAAGUUGGAAGGUUUACUCAAAUAUUCACACGGAGACUCUGUACAAUGUUUGUCAUUUAAUCCGAUAUCACACCAGUUGGCUUCGUGUGCCGUGUCUGACUUUUCAUUUUGGUCAUCGGAACAGAAAGCGGUUCAGAAGUAUAAAACAUCGGCACGCGUAAACGCUUGCGCCUGGACGAAUGAUGGGCAGUACAUAGCCCUCGGAAUGGCCAACGGAAUAAUUUCGAUUCGAAAUAAAGCCGGCGAAGAGAAAAUAAAAAUUGAGCGGCCUGGUGGGGUUAACAGUCCCGUAUUUGGACUAGCAUGGAAUCCACCAGCCAGUGGGUCCUCGGAUAUACUCUGCGUGAUCGAUUGGAGUCAAUCGUUGUCGUUUUACUCGCUUGGAGGACAGGCUAUUGGAAAAGAACGCAAUUUCAACUUUGAUCCAUUAUGUUUGAGCUUUUUCCCCGAUGGCGAAUUCUUGAUUGUCUCCGGAUGUAAUAAGGCUUUGCAACUAUUUACACGUGAUGGGAUCAGACUCGGAAUGUUGGGCGAGUUGCAUGAAUCGUGGAUAUGGGCAACGGCGGUACAUCCGCUUGGAAAUGCUAUUGUGGUCGGAUGUCAGGACGGAACUCUAGCAUGUUACAGCAUGGCUUUUAACACAGUUCACGCGCUAUACCGCGAACGGUACGCCUUUAGAGAAAACAUGUGUGACGUUAUUAUACAGCACUUGGUUUCUGGUCAAAAGGUACGCAUAAAAUGUCGGGAUUUGGUUCAUAAAAUAGCCAUUUAUCGGAACCGCCUAGCGGUACAAUUACCAGAACGGGUGGUGUUAUAUGAGUUGAGUUCAGCUGAGAAUCAGCCGAUGCAUUAUAAAGUUAAGGAAAAGAUUGCCAAGAAAUUCGAAUGUAGCUUGCUGGUUGUUUGCGCUCAUCAUUUGGUGUUGUGUCAGGAGAAAAAGUUGCAAAGUAUGGACUUCAAUGGAGUACUGCAGCGGGAGUGGAUUAUGGACAGCUUCAUACGUUAUAUCAAAGUAACUGGAGGCCCAGCGGGAUGCGAAGGUCUUCUGUUGGGAUUGAAAAGCGGACAAGUUUGGAGAAUUUUUCUAGACAACUCGCUGCCGAUUUUGGUAACGACGGUACUUUCAUCGGUGCGAUGCCUAGAUCUUAAUGCGACCAGAACCAAACUGGCUGUGGUUGAUGACGCUGGCAGGCUGGUGGUUCGAGAUUUAAUCAGUGACACAAUGUUGUAUCAGGAUUCGAAUGUCAACUCCGUCGCAUGGAAUACCCACCUGGACUCGAUGCUCUGCUAUUCACACACUACAGGAGGCUUGAGUGUUAGAGUAGGCUCACUUCCUCCAAGAAGUCCGCAAACGAUGCUUGGAGUUGUGGUUGGAUUGUGCGGGGCAACGGCCUUCUGCUUGCGAGGAAAUGUGAUGAGCAAUGUUCCGUUGGCGCUAGGUGCAACCAUGUGGCAGUUUGUCGAGGCUGGUUUGUUCGAGGAUGCCUAUCAGGUAGCUUGUCUCGGAGUGCCACUAAGCGACUGGGAAGGACUGGGACAAGCUGCCCUCGAGGCAAACAACUACCAGGUGGCGGGCGAUGCGUAUGUCAAGGUUCGAAAUCUUCCGUGGCUGGAAUUGAUUAACGAUUUCAAGGAGCGACAGAAGCGCGGAGACACCUCCAAAGAAGUGCUGUUGGCAGACACUUAUGCAUUUGCUGGAAAGUUCAAAGAGGCGGCUCGCUUAUAUCAGAAGGCUGGAAACAACAGCAAAGCAUUGGCGAUGUACAGUGAUUUGCGUAUGUUUGAUUUAGCGCAAGAGUUUCUGAAGGAAGGUAGUGCGGCUGAUAAGAAGGAGCUAAUCAGGAGACGAGCGGAGUGGGCUUGCUCUGUGCACGAACCGAGGGCAGCAGCUGAGUUGCUUCUUUCUGCUGGUGAAUCAGAACGUGCUAUUGAAAUAGUUGCCGAGCAAGGAUGGACUGAUGUUUUGCUGGAUAUUGGAAGGCGAUUAAAUGCUUCUGAGAAAGUACCCCUGGAGCAGAUAGCAACCCAUCUGAGAAGAUUGAAGGCAUUACCACUAGCCGCAGAAAUAUAUCGAAAGCUAGGCGAAGAAGAACAAGUUGUCCAAUUACAUGUGGAAGCACGAGAUUGGCCAGAGGCGUUUAGACUAGCUGAACACUUACCCAAAAUUUUGCCUUCCGUUCACUAUCAACAUGCUCAGUGGUUGGCAGAAUCCGAUCAAUUUAUUUCGGCUCAUGAAGCGUACGUUUUAGCUGGUAAACCUAAUGAAGCAACAAAGCUUUUGCGGAAUCUCGUAGACUGUGCCGUGUCCGAGGAACGAUAUUUGGAUGCUGGUUACUAUACCUGGUUGAGAGCAAGGCAGGCUCUGAAACUGCUAGAUAAUGAUUACAUUUCAACCGAACCAAAAAUUGUCGAGUACAAAUCUUUACUUAAGCUGGCUUCAAUUUAUUACGCUUACAAUACCAUCAAUGCUUACUUGAAGGAACCUUUUACCAGUAGUCCUCCGUUAACGUUAUUCAAUACCAGUCGCUUCAUUGUAAAUCAAAUCAGUGGGGCUUCGCCACCCAAAGGAGUAAGCCUUUUUGCUGUAUACUACACUCUCUCUAAGCAAGCAAAGGUGCUGGGAGCAAACAAACUACACCUUCAAAUCAACAACAAGCUGCUACUGUUGAAAGCACCUCCCGGUAUUCAGGAGCAGGUGGAUAUAAACUACAUAACUAGUAGAGCCUGUCCGGGUGGAUUCAACGACCCAGAAGAGUACCUACCGAUGUGCUAUCGAUGCUCUAACUAUAGUCCUCAUCUGCAUGGAAAUCGUUGUCCCAACUGCAGCCAGGAGUACGUGUUCUCGUACGUUUCGUUCGAAAUUUUGCCGCUGUCGGAGUUCAGUGUGGAAAACGAUAUCCCGGAACAGGAAGCUGAACGACUGUUGAUGGCACCCCCGAAAGCUAACGACUAUGGGAAGCCUGACCAAUUUAUCCAAGAAGAUAUGAUCGAUACAUACUCCUCCAGUUUGGAUCGGGAUGCACUGAGAGCGGUUGAUCCGCGGGAAGUGAUCGUUAUCAAAGGACCGAAACCUAUUCCGACAAAAUAUUACAAAAAUCUACUGCCUGAAUUACAGAUAACCGUUUGUCCGGAGUGUAGUAAUGCUUUUCAUUCGGAGGACUUUGAGCUGCAGGUUCUCCAAAAAGGAUACUGCCCGUUCUGUCGAACAACGGAAGACAAUUUACUUGGUUAACAGCUCAGUAGUUGCAAACUAUGUGCCCUACUAACUGCAUACAAAUUUGUGAUCUCAUUCCGUCCGGUACCACCGAAAGUGUGGUACUUUUUAUUUGCUAUUUAUGAAAUUGAUACACGUUUUACAUUGUAAUGUGAA